UUAUUGAUGCAUAUUUUAUUACUAUUUAUUUUUGUACCAUUCAUUUUACUCUUUAAAAUGAGAGGUAAACAAAAGUAUGUUUUUAUAUUUAGCUUUAUAGUUUCCAUACAUUAUAAAAAUCAAUACUAUAUAAUUUCCUAAAUAAACACUUCAUAUGUGUGGUUUGUUUUAUAAACUCCGAAAUUAGAUAUUUUAUCCAAUAACACAACCCUUAAAUAAGAAACAACGAAAAAUAGAAUUCUUUCUCAACCCAUUACAUUAGCUAAUUUUCAUUAUAUUUUAAUGUUAAAAUUUAUUCCAAAAAUAUCAUUUACUAAUGAAAAAGUAGAAAAAAUUCUCCAUUUGUGCGAGUUUUCUUUUUGUUCUUUUACGGAAAAGGGAAGGAGGAGGAAGAAAAAUAAUGUGGCUACCGAAAACAGAUGCGACAUGUAAAGGAACAUUAAGUGGUUCAGUUGCUGUUGCAAUAGACAAAGACAAAACUAGCCAAAAUGCUAUCAAAUGGACAAUGGAGAAUCUUACUUCUCGGGGCCAAACUCUUGCUCUUAUUCAUGUCGCUCCCAAAUCUCAAUCUUCUUCAGACAUUGAAGACGGAACAAUGCAUAUGCAGCAAAUGGAUAAGCAAACGAAAGAUCUCUUUGUAUCUUUCCACUGUUAUUGCAGCCGUAAAGAAAUACAUUGUCUGGAUGUUUUGCUUGAAGACGCUGACAAAGUCAAAGCGAUUGUUGAAUACGUUACAGUUUCUGCCAUUGAGAAUUUAGUACUUGGUGCUCCAUCAAGGAGUAGCUUUAUGAGAAGAUUCAAAACGGAUUUACCAACGAGUGUGUCAAAGGCAGCUCCAGAUUUCUGCAAUGUUUACGUCAUUUCCAAAGGCAAAAUAUCUUCCUUACGAAGCUCCUCUCGUCCUGCUCCUUACAAAUCAACAGUUCUCAGCGAUUUUGAAAAUCAGGAAACUGCUGCCUCUGAGAAAAAACACAAACCAGCUAACACAACCCCAAUAACUAGGGCACGAAGAUCAGUUGAUUCAGAUGGUCCAAGACCAGGGCUUGUGAAACUACCACAAGGACACAUCAAAAUGAUAGGAGACUUCUCAGAUUCAGAGUCCGAGUUCUCAUUCAUAAGUGCUUCACAACAAGGAUCAGAAAACUCCUUUAUCAGCUCGGGGACGCCGAGUAGUAUAGAUAGGUGUUCUUUUACCUACGACUUACCAGACUCAGCAAGAACCUCAAGAAUGUCAACUAGCUCAGAGCAGAGCAUUGGUUCACAUAGAUUAGGGAUCAAGUUCACGGAUCUAGGUUUUCUCAAUAACUCUUCAACGGCUUCUGAAGAGAGUGGAACAACUUCUUGCUCUUACUCAUCUCAGAGCUUGGAUGAUGUUGAAGCUCAAAUGAGGAGACUGCGUUUAGAGCUAAAACAAACCAUGGAUAUGUAUAGCUCAGCUUGCAGAGAAGCUUUAACCGCAAGGCAAGAGGCGACAGAGCUGAAAAAUCUGAGGUCAGAAGAGGGAAGAAGAAUGGAAGAACUAAAGAUGACAGAGGAGACCGCAAUUUCAAUGAUGGAAAAUGAGAAGGCAAAGGCCAAAACAGCCAUGGAAGCUGCUGAAGCUGCAAACAGGCUUGCCGAAGCUGAGGCAAAGAGAAGACUAACCGCAGAGAUGAAGGCACUGAAAGAAAGCGACUCUCCCACUCGGUAUAGCAUGGUUCGGUACAGGAAGUACACUGUUCAUGAAAUCGAAGAAGGAACUGGAAACUUCGCAGAAUCUAGAAAAGUUGGAGAGGGAGGGUAUGGUCCUGUGUUUAGAGGUCAUCUUGAUCACACAAGUGUUGCUGUUAAGGUCUUACGUCCUGAUGCUGCUCAAGGAAGAUCACAGUUUCAAAAAGAGGUUGAAGUACUAAGUUGCAUAAGGCAUCCAAACAUGGUGCUUCUAUUAGGAGCCUGUCCAGAAUAUGGCAUUCUCGUCUACGAAUACAUGGCCAAAGGAAGCUUAGAUGACCGUCUCUUCAGACGCGGAAACACGCCUCCGAUCUCAUGGCAACUGCGUUUCAGAAUCGCUGCAGAGAUAGCUACUGGCCUACUCUUCUUACACCAGACCAAACCAGAACCAAUUGUCCACCGAGACUUGAAACCAGGAAACGUUCUCCUCGACCACAACUACGUCAGCAAGAUCAGCGACGUAGGGCUAGCGAGACUCGUCCCGGCGGUAGCAGAGAACGUGACUCAGUACAGAGUCACAUCAGCUGCAGGAACGUUCUGUUACAUCGACCCUGAGUAUCAACAAACAGGAAUGUUGGGUGUGAAGUCUGAUGUUUAUUCGCUAGGGAUCAUGCUUUUGCAGCUUUUGACUGCGAAACAGCCAAUGGGUUUGGCUUAUUAUGUGGAACAGGCCAUUGAAGAAGGGAAGCUGAAAGAUAUGCUAGAUCCUGCAGUACCAGAUUGGCCGUUAGAGGAAGCUAUGUCUCUUGCUAAGUUAUCGUUACAAUGUGCUGAGUUGAGAAGAAAAGAUAGGCCUGAUCUUGGUAAAGAAGUGAUGCCUGAGCUUAAUAGACUAAGAGAGUUAGGUGCAGAGAGUCUUGAGAGUGUGUUUUAUGCUGGACAUGGACCGUUUUCACAUUCUAGCCAAGUCUCUUAUACAUCGGAAGGUAGGAGUGCUCCUUCUAUAUCGAAUCCAGGAUCUUAUAUAUCAAACCCAUAGUGUUGAGAACAGAUGAGGAAUCUGGAGAGAUAAAUGUCAGUAUAAGAAAGCCAAGAGCAAUGUAUAUAUAUAUAUUCACGAUUAAAAAAAAACUGCUUCUUUGAGCUGUAGAAGAGAGGUGUUUGAGAUUUAAAGCCAAUAUUAUUUUUUUGUGUUUUGGAUUAAGAAACAAUAUUUAUAUACAGGGAACAUAAU